AUGGACGCGUUUAGCAGGCCGCAAUGCCUUCCUGGGACGCGAACAGAAAUCGUGCAGCAGAUCGUGGAAUGGACGCUAUCGGACUCGGACCAGAAUGUCUUCUGGUUAUACGGUGUAGCAGGGUCUGGCAAGAGUACUGUCAGCACGACUAUUGCCGAACACUUCCGUGGUAUAUCGCGACUCGGCGCUCAUCUGUUUUUUGAACGUGGGCAGAGUGAUCCGAGCAGUGUCAUCCGAACUCUCGUGUAUAAGCUUGCCUCAUUCGACUCAACCGUGGAAGAUAAUGUCAUUGCCGCCAUUAAGCGAGACAACAAUAUUGCAGAGGCCACGGCGGCGACCCAGUUUGAAAACCUUCUUCAUAGUCCUCUUGUUUCUUCUAGAGACGCGAUGCAAGGACCCGUUGUCAUUGUCCUUGAUGCACUAGAUGAAUGCGGUACGGAGAGGUCUAGGCAAAGCCUAAUGCAAAGUUUUCGAAGAGGACUGCGAUUGCUCCCGAAGAAUUUCCGAUUUCUCAUCACGAGCAGAAGAGAAUCAGACAUUAAUCAGGUCUUCUUUUCAGCAGAGAACAUUUGUGCUGUCGGACUGGAUCACACAUCGGGUACUUGCAAAGAUGACGUGCUUCAUUAUCUUGACUACGAACUGCGAAACGUGUUUGCGGGUAAAGCGCUACGGAUUCCUGAUGAUUGGCAGGAUAGGAUGGAUCGUCUUGCCGGAGCAUCAGAGGGCCUUUUUGUGUGGGCAUCAACGGCUGUGAAGCUGGUGGAUUGCGACAAUCCGGCUCGGGCACUACAAGACCUAGUAUCACACUCGUCGAGUCUUUCGGGCCUCGAUCAACUGUACGAGUCUAUUCUCUUAGGCUCUGGCAUCAGAUUCAACAGCGAAACUUCUAAGGAACGCUUUUCGCAAGUCCUUGGCCUCAUACUCCUCAGCAGAAUCCCGCUUUCUGAAGAUACGAUUGACGGGCUCCUUGGAUACUCAGUCGAUGAGCCAUCCCGGCUUAUUUUAUCACGUUUACAAUCUGUGCUUGUAUAUACUCCAGCGGCACCCAUUUACUUCUUCCAUACUUCUUUCCGCGAUUACUUGACAUCGUCCUCGAGAUGUAAUGACGCUUGGUUUAUUGAUCUCGACAUUCAGAAGAAACUGAUUACUAAGCGGUGUUUCGACGUCAUGAAGCGUAUGCUCCGGUUCAACAUUUGCAAGAUCGAGUCAUCGUACAUCCGUAACGAUCAAAUUUUGGACCUCUCGGAACGCAUCAAGGAGAAAAUUCCUUCAUACAUGGAGUAUGCAUGUCUCUUCUGGGGCCAACACUUACACGAGGCACAAUUCUCAGACGCGUUGUCGAGCGAGUUGUUAGAGUUCCUUCACAAACGAUUUCUGUAUUGGCUCGAGGUGAUGAGCCUCUUGAAGAAGGCCAAUACUGCUAGUCCAGCUCUCCUUCUUGCCAUGAAUUGGUCAUACGAUGCACACAUACUGGCGUUCCUCAGGGACGCACGAAGAAUAAUCACUGUAUAUUUUCCAUGCAUUUCACAAUCGACAUCCCAUAUCUACGUGUCAUUCCUUCCGCUUGCAUCGCUGGAGUCGAAGUUUAUAGCGGACAAUUACUUAAGGCCUAAUCUACCUAUUGUGCAGGUAGAGCACAUAGGCAUGAAGCAACGAUCACCAUUAUUGAAGACUGGGAAGGUUGUUUCUCUUGAGGGCCAUACAGAUGAAAUUCUAGUGGUUGCUUUCUCGCCUGAUGGGAAGCAUGUCGUAUCUGGCUCAGCCGAUACAACCAUCGUGGUUUGGAAAAUUGACAGCAAGGAACCUAUAUCUGUGCGCUUUGCGGGCCAUACAGAAACAGUACUUUCUGUUGCCUUUUCUCAUGAUGGAAAACGCAUCGUCUCUGGUUCAGACGACUCGUCGAUACGAUUAUGGGAUCUCGAGAGUGGACACCUAAUUUGUGAACCCCUCGAGGGCCAUACCGAGUCUGUCACAUCGGUUGCCUUCUCUCACGACGGUACACGUAUUGUCUCGGGUUCUGUAGACUCGACAAUUCGAAUCUGGGAUGCUCGAAGUGGCCAAUGCAUUUCCGAGCCUUUCAGAGGGCACACAUCCGGAGUACAGUGUGCUGCUUUCUCGCCCAAUGGGAGACGUGUUGUCUCCGGAUCUACUGACAACACAGUUCGAAUAUGGGACGUUGAGACAGGGAAAGUCGUUUCUGGACCUUACGAAGCUCACUAUAGUGGUGUGGACUUCGUCGCGUUCUCUCCCGACGGGACGAGAGUUAUCUCAUGCGACGGGUUUGUGAUCCGAAUCUGGGAUGCCGAGGGCGAACAGGCCAAUUUGGACAAGUUCGAAGGGCAUGAGGAUACAAUAAGUUCUGUUGCAUUUUCGCCCGAUGGGAAACUCGUCGUCUCUGGUUCUUUCGACGGAACAAUUCGAGUCUGGGACGCAGAAAGUGGGUGUACAGUUUCCGGGCCUUUCAAAGGACAUUCAGAGCAGUCCGAAAAGAUCCUUUCUAUUUCCUUCUCGCCGGAUGGUGAGCGCGUCGUCUCCGGCUCUGGAGAUGGUACAAUCCUAGUCUGGGACGUUGGAAGUGGAGAGAUCGUUUCCGGACCUUUUAAAGGACAUGAAGACCGGGUCGAGUCCGUUUCGUUCUCUGCUGAUGGAGCACGUGUCAUCUCUGGUUCGUUGGAUGGCACGAUCCGAUUCUGGGACGUUCACAGUGGACAGACUAGUUCUGUUUCUAGGGACGGGCCAGACAUCUCAUCUAUUGCUUUCUCGCCUGACGGGGUACGAGCCGCGUCUGGGUUUGAGGAUGGAACAUUCAUUGUAUGGGACGUUAAAAGUGGAGAAGUCAUUUCUGGACCUUUGAAAGAACACGAGAGUUGGGUUUAUUCAGUGGCUUUCUCGCGUGAUGGAACGAAUAUCGUCUCUGGCGAUGGUACUGGCACCAUCAUAAUCUGGGAUGCUAAGAGUGGGCAGAUCGUACGCAAACUUUCAGAUGACCAUACCGCACUAGUUGUAUCACUUGCUUUCUCAUCUGACGGCACACGCGUCGUCUCGGGUUCUUACGACAACACAAUCCGAGUCUGGGAUGUUAAGAGUAGACAGACAAUCUUUGCACCUUUUGAAGGGCACACGGACUGGGUCCGGUCCGUCGCAUUCUCACCAGAUGGAAGUCGUGUCGUUUCUAGCUCUUGGGAUUGUACAAUCAGAAUAUGGAAUGUAAAAGGUGCGCAGACAGCUUCUGUCUUCAACAGUCAAUAUUAA